AUGAUGAGGACAUCAAAUGCCUCAGCUUGGUGGGCGACCUCUUGCUUCGUGAGCCUGCUAUUCUUCUUUGCAACUGCAACCCUGGCGGAACCUGUUCAGCAGAUCCUCGACAGCCAAGAUGACUUGCCGAGCUCAAAGGAGCAUCGCGGACCACGACAACCCAACAUCAUAUUCAUCUUGACUGAUGAUCAAGACCUUCAUAUGUCAUCACUGGACUAUAUGCCACAUCUGCAACAGUAUUUGGUGAAGGAAGGCACUACUUUCAGCCAUCACUACUGUACAGUAGCCUUGUGCUGUCCCAGCAGAGUUUCUCUCUGGACAGGGAAACAUGCUCAUAACACAAACGUUACUGAUGUCAACCCACCUCAUGGAGGGUACCCAAAGUUUGUCUCACAAGGUUUCAACGAAGCCUAUCUACCUUUGUGGCUUCAAAAUGCUGGCUACGACACAUACUAUGUAGGUAAGCUUUUUAAUGCUCACAGUACGACCAGUUACAACAAGCCCUACCCGAAGGGCUGGAACGGCUCGGAUUUUCUACUCGAUCCUUACACUUACGAGUAUUUGAAUGCUACCAUGCAGCGUAAUAUUGAAAAAUGGAAUAGGCCUUUGGUUCACGAAGAACCUUCCAGCUAUGAGGGCAGAUACGUUACGGACGUGAUUGCCGACAAGGCUCUCGACUUCCUGGACGGUGCUAUAGUAGAGCGCUAUCAUAAGGAUGGUAGUGGUCGUCCGUUCUUUCUUACUAUUGCUCCGACAGCCCCACACAGUAACGUUCAUAUUAACCAUGAUCUCAGUGGCGGACAUGGCGGAAAGUACACAGAGACGACAGCUGUCCAGACACCGCCCAUUCCUGCUGAGCGGCACAAGCACCUCUUCGCUGAUGUGACCGUACCUAGGACACCCGAUUUCAACCCAGACGAGCCUAAUACAGCAUCUUGGCUCAAAGACCUUCCACAACAGAAUCAGACCAACAUUGACUUUAAUGACCACUUCUAUAGGCAACGAUUGCGAGCACUACAAGCUGUCGACGAGAUCAUACCACGAAUAAUACUCAAGCUUGAGUUUGCGGGCAUCUUACAAGAAACGUAUAUUGUCUACUCGACAGACAACGGAUAUCACAUCGGUCAACACAGAUUGCAACCAGGCAAGCAAUGUGCCUACGAAACCGAUAUCAAUGUUCCUAUGGUUGUGCGAGGGCCAGAAGUGCUUAGGGGCAGGAUUGAGAACAAAGUCAGCUCGCACGUCGAUCUAGCUGCAACUUUUCUGAGCCUAGCAGGAAUUGACCCAAGCAUCUCUGUGCCCAGGUAUGGGCUAGAUGGACAGUCUAUGGUCUUUCACUACUUUCGAGGCCUUGAGACUGGUAGCGACAAGAAGACUAGUCUCAACCACGAGCAUGGUCCACUUGUUCUUCCUCCGACAUAUCAAGCAAGGGACCUCAACCAAAGUGCAGAACAUGUCAACGUGGAGAUGUGGGGUAUCAUCAUGCCAGAGGGCAGAUAUGGUACAGUGCUUUACCCGAAUCACACCUACAAAGCGUUGCGGGUCAUCUCAACAGACGACAUGUAUAACCUGUUGUAUGUUGUGUGGUGUACGAAUGAACAUGAGUUGUACGAUCUGCGUGCUGACCCAUAUGCAUUGAAAAACCUGCUCAGCUCUGAGAUCAUUCCAGACUCAUUGCUGAACUUUAGUACAUCUCAGCAAGAGAGACACUUCACCCUGGACAAUGUCGUAGCCAGGCUCGAUGCUCUUCUGCUAGUACUGAAGACAUGCAAAGAAGCGCAAUGUACUCAUCCGUGGAACGUCUUGCACAGUGAUGGAGCUGUCGGAAACCUUCUCGAGGCACUGAGUGACAAGCACGACGAGCUGUACACAUCUCAACUACCGAGAGUAGUCUUCGAGCAUUGCGAAGAGGCCUAUAUUCCACAAGCAGAAGGUGUGACGUGGCAAGGACUAGAAAUGUGGCCAACGAUGACCUAA